AUAAUCUGAAUGAACCAAAACGACAUCGUUUCUUGACAGUGUUCCAAAUUAUUUCAAGGUACACAAACCCUUUUUUUACUUCCUUUGCAAGCAGAAAAUUAUUCUAAUCUCAUCAGUAGCGAACACUUAAAGGAUCAUCGUAGUUUUCAUUCCCCCAAUACCUGUUACAGAUUCAGAUUUACAUAUGGCGACCGAAACGAAGGCUGUUACCGAGGAUGUCAAGAUCGAUCUCUUCGAAGACGACGAUGAGUUCGAAGAGUUUGAAAUCAAUGAAGAGUGGGAUGACAAGGAGGAAGGUAAAGAAAUAGCUCAACAGUGGGAGGAUGAUUGGGAUGAUGAUGAUGUUAGUGACGAUUUCUCAGUUCAGCUGAGAAGGGAGCUCGAGAGCACUACAGAGAAGAAUUAAACCACCUGCUGGCUAUUAUUGUUUGAUAUAACAUGUGUAAUGAAUGAGUUGCAACUUAGGUAUUUGAGGUGUUUACUUACCUACAUAAGAACUUAAACUAUGAUGUGUUAGGAAGGAAAUGUGAGUAAGAAGAACAGAACACGAGGACAUAAUUCACAUGUUAUUUCUUUUAAACAUCUUCAUAGAAGUUAUUGUGUACUUGUUUUUGUUUUUCAA